AUGAAGUUUUACCUUAUCCUCAAAAUCUUCAUUGGAAAGUCAAUCAGAAACCCAAAAUACUCUCCGGUUGUCGGAACUCUAUUUGGUCAACUCUUCUACUUCAACAGCCUCCAUGACUACCUAGCUGAUAUUGCCCGGAAACACCAUACUUUCUGGCUUCUUGCCCCUGAUCAAAGCGAGUUAUACACAACCGACGUUAGAAACAUCGAAUACAUACUUAAAACCAAUUUCGACAACUACACGAAAGGACAGUAUAAUAAGGACAUAAUUACAGACUUCUUUGGCCACGGGAUCUUCGCUAUUGAUGGCGUUAAGUGGAAGCAGCAGAGGAAGCUUGCAAGUUUCGAGUUCUCGACUAGGGUUUUAAGAGACUUCAGUUGUGCCGUUUUCAGAACCAACGCAGCAAAACUAGUCAGGAUUGUUUCUCAGUUUGUCGUGGUCAAUGAAGUCUUUGAUAUACACAAUUUGCUGAUGAGAAGUGGCUUGGAUUCAAUUUUCAAAGUUGGGUUCGCAGUGGAUCUGGAUUGCCUAGAAGGAUCUAAUGAAGAAGGGAACUCAUUUAUCGAUGCGUUUGAUGAUUCAAAUGCUUUGACUUACUGGCGUUAUAUAGAUCCCUUGUGGAAACUUAAGCAUUUUCUUAAUAUCGGGUGUGAAGCUUCUCUUAAGAAGAACAUUAAAUUGAUCAAUGAUUUCGUUCUCAAGUUGAUCAGUAGAAGACGAGAACAACUACAAACACAAAAACACCAUCUAAAUUGUUGUUGCUCUUGUAUUUAA